AUGGCGCUGGCCAUUUUCGACGAGUCGCUCGUCGAGCUCCCAUGCGACGUGAAUUAUGACGCUUCCAAGUGUGCAACGUCAGCCGAGCUCCUCCAGGAGUUUCUGAAACGUCAUCCGAAUGCCGCGAGCAUACAGCUCGGCGCGCAAGCUGUGCUGGGCUACUCGCACGACGGCGACGACUCCUUCCAUCGCACGCAGCUCGCCGCGUCCGGCGACGUCUUCUGCGUCUUCACCGGUCGCAUAGACAACGUCGCACAGCUGCGACGGUCGUACGGCGUCGCCGGCGGCCACGGUCACGACACGAGCGAGUCGCAGCUUGUCCUCGGGAUGUACAAGGCGCUUCGGAGUGCCCUGCUGUACGACCAGGUGUCGCAUUCUGCGGAAUCCGCGCUGGCGGAGAUGGUUGGGCCGUUUUCCACGGUGAUUUACGACAACGAAACGGGAAACGCGUUCAUUGCCGCUGACGGCGACAGCCACGUGGAGCUGCACUGGGCCAUGUGUCGCGACCGUCGCAUCGCCGUGUCGCACGACCUUGGCCUGCUGCGAGCAUGCUGCCCCACCACCUACGCGCCCUUCCCUCCAGGUAACCAUCCUCCCAGGUAUCCAUCCUCCCAGGUAACCCAUAUUCCCAAGUAG